ACCAUAUCGAAUAGAAAACGUAGAGUACUUAGCAACAGUAAUUUUUCUUACAAACAAUAUAUAAUAUGUACAAUAGAUUAAGCAACACUGUGAUAGGCUUCCUCAACCUCUUCACCCUCCUAUCAUCAAUUCCGAUCAUCGGUGCCGGAUUAUGGAUGGCGAGGAGAAGCCCAACAUGCGAGAAAUUUCUCCAAACGCCGCUCCUCGCCAUCGGUCUAGUGAUCGUCGUGGUCUCUCUAAUCGGUUUUAUAGGGGCAUGCUUUCGCGUUGUCUGGGCAAUAUGGUUGUACCUUGUCAUCAUCCUGCUCAUCAUAGGGGCACUUUUGGCAUUCACCAUCUUUGGGUUCGUCGUCACCAGUCCGCAUGGUGGCGUGGCGGUUCCCGGGAGGCUGUACAGAGAGUACCACCUGGAAAACUACUCGCCUUGGAUGAGGGGUAAGGUGAGGGACCCUCAUUCUUGGGUGAGCAUAAGGGCUUGUAUUUUGGGUUCCAAGACUUGUGCUAGUGUUGCUACUUCCUGGUCUUCUUAUAACUUUCUUUUCAGAGAUAUGUCACCCCUACAGUCCGGGUGUUGCAAGCCACCAACAUCAUGCAACUAUGCAGAAACAACGGUUGCGGAUUGUUACCGGUGGAGCCCCGACCCGAAUUUGCUCUGCUACGGCUGUGAUUCAUGCAAGGCGGCGGUGGCGGAGGAAAUGAGCAAACACUGGAAAAAGGUUUCCGUCGUCAUCAUCGUCGUCCUUAUCUGUCUCAUCGCCAUCUACUCCCUGGGCUGCUGCGCUUUCCGGAACGCCAGGAGGGCCGAGACCGAUUUCGAAUAUGGCCCAAAUCGGAUGUCCAAACUCCGGCCCAGAUGGGAUUUCCAUUGUUGGAGAUGGCUGCAUUACAGGAGACACCAGCUUCACUAGCCCAUUUCUCGAGCUCUCUCAUUUAGUCAUUUACAUACAACCAUUUGUUUUUUGACCAUCCUCCAAGAGAUGUUGACAAAACAAUAUAUACGAAGUAUUUAAUAGGCAUUCUCUCUUACUGAGUUACUGUCAUAUACUGGGUAAAUAUAUUUUUCCUAUACCCUUCUUGCU